AUGGGGUUUAUCCUGCAGGCAGUAGAGAAGAUUAUGGGAAAGAAGUCAGCCUUCGGCUUUGCUGUGUUCGUUUCCACCGACCAGACCUGGACCGUCUGUGUGGAGGCAGAAGAUACAGAGGGGCAGAGGUGGCCCCAGGUUCUGGAAGAACUGAAAUUUGCUCGCCACCAUAACUUCUCGGGCUGGCUCCUGCCUUCGCUCUACACGGCUCUCAGCACAGAACGCUACUCAGGAAGGACUGUAUCCACUUACUCCACUGGGCAGCUUUACCUCCGACACAGUGAUCUGCAGCUUGCAAAAACCUCUCGCUUUAACCUUAGAGGCGAUGUUGAAGAAACGUGCACAGGGGCCCCAGCCACCUCCGACCCCGGAAGUGCCGGAUUUCGCCCCCACACAGAAGCCCUGCAGGCCACGGAGCCGGCGGCGAGGAGGGAGCGAGUCACCUCGCAAGAUCAAGCCAGCGUCAGUUUGGCCGAAGCCUCUUCAGAGGAGGUGCGGGGAGCUGAGGUGGGGGAGGGGGCGUCGGAGGUAGUGGUGGGGCGCGGAGGAGGGAGCGGGAGCGGGCGAGAGCCAGGAGGUCCGGCCGCUGUACGCAGCGGGAGCGGAGCAACCACGCCGGCUGCGGCGCCGCGGAGCUGGGGCAGGCGACUUGGGAGAAUCGGCGACUGCGCCGCUCCUAGGCUGGUCCCGGAGGGCGCAGGGCUGUCUGUCGGUCACGGAGAGAUCGCCGCUGCGGAGCGGCGUGUCCGCAGCAGCCCCGUGGUUCAACAGGAGAACCAUGUGCGAUUUGCAAAUGUUGCAAAUCAAGCAUACAGAAAAUCAGGGAAGAGAGGGGCUGAAUUCCAACUUAGGGUUGUGGUUGAAUCGGAACUGGGGAAGUCAACGUUAAUCAACUCAUUAUUCCUCACAGAUUUGUGUUUUCCAGAGUAUCCAGGCCCUCCCCAUAGAAUAAAAGACUAGGUGGAACAAUCCCAAGUUUUAAUCAAAGAAGGUGGGGUUCGCACAACAGUUGAUACCCCAGGAUCUGGAGGUGCAGUGGAUAAUAGUAGUUGCUGUCAGCCUGUUAUCGACUACAUUAGUAGUCAAUUAGAGGACAACCUAAAUGCAGACGAGCGAGUGAACAGACAUCAGAUGCCCAAUAACAGGGUGCAGUGUUGUUUAUACUUCAUUGCUCCUUCAGGGCAUGGACUUAAACCAUUAGAUACUGAGUUUAUGAAGCGCUUGCAUGGAAAAGUGAACAGUAUCCCACUUAUUGCCAAGGCAGACACACUCACACUGAAGGAGUGCCAGCAGUUUAAAAAACAGAUAAUGCAAGAAAUCCAAGAACAUAAAAUUAAAAUAUAUGAAUUUCCAGAGAUAGACGAUGAAGAAGAAAAUAAGCUUGUCAAAAAGAUAACAGACCGUUUACCUCUUGCUGUGGUGGGUAGUAAUACUAUCAUUGAAGUUAAUAACGAAAGGGUCAGAGGAAGGCAGUAUCCUUGGAGUGUUGCUAAAGUUGAAAAUGGUGAACAUUGUGAUUUCACAGUUCUAAGAAAUAGGUUGAUUACCUUUCCUACAUUUUCUUUUUUUAUUAUUAUUAAACAGAUGUAUUCAAUUUAA